AUAAAUCUAAUUGAUGCAUGGGGUAAAACACAAAGGAGCAAGGAUGGCUCUCCUCUUUGACAUUUGGCUUUCUAUGGCCAUUUUACUCCUCACAAUUUCCAGAGAUCAGUGUGCAGACAUAACUGGAGGGAGAGAAGCCAUUCCACACUCAAGACCUUUCAUGGCCCUAAUCCAAGGAAACAUGAUAUGUGGAGGAACAUUAAUCAAACCAAACUGGGUAUUAACAGCAGCCCAUUGCAAAUCAGAAAACCUCAAAGUCACUCUUGGAGCUCAUUCACUGAAGAAAACAGAGCGUUCAAAGCAGAUCUUGGCAGUUGCUAAACAGAUUAGUUACCCAUGCUUUGAUAAAGAAGCAAGAGAUAAUGACCUAAUGCUGUUACAGCUUAAGGGUUCAGCCAAGAUUACAAAAGAAGUAGCCACAGUCAAGCUCACGAGACUUCCCACCGACAUUAAGGCAGGUACCCAGUGUCUUGUAGCUGGCUGGGGAGCUAUUCGAGAUACAGACAAGAAAGGAUCAGAUACACUACAAGAAGUGAAUGUCACUGUCAUUGAAAGAAAGCUCUGCAAUGACAACAUGCACUAUAAUUCCAAACCUGUCAUAACAAUGAAUAUGGUGUGUGCCGGUGACAAGAAAGGACAAAAGGAUGCAUGUAAGGGUGACUCUGGUGGUCCUCUAAUAUGCGACGGGGAACAAAAGGCUGUGGUCUCAUUUGGAGAUAAAUGUGGAAGUAAAAAGUUCCCUGGUGUUUAUGCUCGUCUCGGAAAGGCUCAUCUCGACUGGAUAAGGAAAACCAUAGGGGGUGACUUGUAGAUUGUUAUUUUUUAAUCAUGCAUUUGUUUAAAGAUUCUUCACCUCUUUUGUUUGCACCUGUAUUAUUCAUCCUAUCCUGUCAGGUUCCUCAGCUGUAGUCUAUCACCUGCAUAAUCAAAUUGGUUUGUUGAUUUGAUGCACUUCCUUCACCUGGAGGGCCACAAGCUGUGCACCACUGAUCAAAGCCUUGAAUAUGGGUGUAUAUGCAUGUCUUAUGACAACCCAAUAAAUUUGUAUGAAAUCCCUAUGACAUCCAUAGGGUUGUCAAAAGUCAACAAUUAGUUUGAAGGCACACACAGAUGUCUUUUCAUAAGACUUCCUUAGACAAAAACUAAUUGGAGAAAAUUUUACCAGUUUCUUGCUAGUGUCACCUAUAGAAGAUCCAUUCAGCUAAUAAACUAACAUAAAACCAUUCUGUGAUAGUUUUAACUGAUCUUCUUUAUUUGGAACAAACCAUGACUAUCCAUGCAUAAGAAUCCCACUUGGUGUCCUGAUUCUGAAAAGGCAUGAUAUAAGUAUAGUAAGUUACAACAAUAGGAUGUCAGGAUCAGAUUCUUUUUCCAUCUGCUAUGUUUGUUGGAGAAAGACACAGCAGCAGUGAAGCAAAAGGCAGAUUUAUGUUAUCUUCAAUCACUCCAUUGCAACUACAAUUGUAAGGAGCGGAGAAGUAGUACAUUUGAUACAAGAUUCAGCCUUGUCUCUCCUCUCCAUCCAUCACUCAAUCCAAUCUGCAAGUAUAAACAAAACUGAAUGUGAAACUUCCUGUUCUUAACACCACUGCUUCUCUGUAAUUUCUUUAUUCAUCAUCAAAAGAAUAUAAUUUUCCCCACCUUCUUUGAAUUCAAACCACAGAGGAAGCAAAAAACCCUGAUUUCUUUAUGCUGCAUUCAAGAUAUAGCUGUAAAAACAUGACAGAGCAAAAAACAUAACCUCUGAGAUGCAGUACAUCAAUGUAAACCAAAUAUUUAGGCAUCAGAGCUACCAGUGGAAAGGGAAAUUCCUCAUUGGAAUCAGCAUAUAUAUUCGAAAUGUACAUACAAUUUAUGAAAUACUUCUUUGCCUUUCCCUUCUAUGGAUUUUCAGGGUUUGAUAUCUUAGUAUUUCAAAGUAAUAUAUCUCUUUCAUAAAAGCACUGGGAAGCCUUGACACUGUCUCUGAAAAGAAUAUUCUGAUGAAAGUAUUGACUGAGCAUUGAGUUUAAAGGCUAUAAGAGCCCAUUCUUAUCUAAACCCACAGAAACUAUAUUUUCCAGGUGUUCCAAUUUGACAGAGACAGUCCUGAUGAUUACUAUGCCAUCCCACUUUUUCAGUUGCUUUUUAAAAUGUUCCAGUUUCUAUAUACUCCUCCUCCUUGAUCCUUGGCUUAUUUCAGUUGCUGGAAAUUAGGUUCCAAGUGCAAAACUAGCAUAGUCAGGGCUGAAGAGGAAGAAAGUCAACGUCUGCCUUUCCCAAUGGGCUCAGGCAAAAGGAAACUGCCACAGCUUUUUCUGGAUUAUAGAUCCUUCCUUAUUAAUAAUUUGUUGCAGAUGUGACCACACUCUGAUGUUGGUUUACCACACAUAUCUGUAAAAUGAUGAAAGGUAUGAAACUAGGACAGAAUAUUUAGAUGCUACUUGGUCAGGAUUAUUUUAGAUAUGAUGUCUAACUGUAGAAAUGUAGAGAAGAAGCUAUUGCCCAAGCAAAAUGUGACUAAUCUAUUAAUGUCAAAGCAGAUUGCAGAGAGAAAGUAAUAUGCUGUUACUAGUUAGAAAGUUUCAAAAAGACUUGUAAAUUGAUAAAUGUGCAUGCUUGCUUUAUGAAUGAUUGUCAAGCACCCAUUUCUGCAGAAACUGAAUAAAAGCUUUGUUUUCACCCUCCA